AUGCCUUCCCAAGUCGCAGGGUUUGCGGCCUUGGCCCUCAAAUCCCUCUCGCCAACUCAAAUCGCGUUCAUUGCCAAUCUACCCAAAGCAGAGUUACACGCGCACUUAAACGGCUCGAUUCCGAUAGCAACUCUCCAAGAGAUAGCUCGCGAUUUCCCUGUGGGCGACGAUCAAUCUGAUCAAGUCAAAGUCGGAUUAGAGAAGUUACAACACCCCGACGGUGUUGGAUUAGAGGAAAUCCAUGAUUUCUUCAGACUAUUCCCUGCAAUAUAUGCUUUGACAGCAACUCCUGAGGCAUUGCGACGCGCCACUCGUGGUGUCCUCCGGGAAUUCCUUGAAAUCGAUGAUUCCAUCGGAGGGCCCCAGUGCACUUACAUCGAACUAAGGACCAUCCCGAAAUCCACUGGAUUGAUGUCGCGAGGCGAGUAUACUCGGGUAGUUCUAGACGAGAUUGAGAAAUAUCCUGCCGAACAGGCUGCAUUGAUCAUCAGCGUGGAUAGGAAGAUGAACACGACUGAGAUGGGGGAGGUGGUAGACCUGGCGGUUUCGCUGAAAGAGGAAGGGCGGAGGGUAGUGGGCGUAGACGUUUGUGGUAAUCCUUUGAACGGUGACAUGAACCACCUCGAGCCCCAUAUCGUCAAAGCUAAAGCAGCUGGUCUGGGCGUGACACUUCACAUUGCAGAGACUAAAGACAAUCCUCCCGCUGAGACACUUAAACUUCUUUCCUAUGAGCCUCAUCGGCUCGGACAUGCGACAUUUCUUGACGAUGAGGCUAAGGAAAUCGUGCUCGGGUCCUCGGACAUGUGCAUUGAAAUUUGCCUGAGCUCGAAUUUACUUUGCAAAACCGUUCCUUCACUUGAGGACCAUCAUAUCGGCUAUUAUUUAGACAGAAACCACCCAGUUGCUAUAUGUACCGACGAUAUUUUACCGUUUCGAAACUCCUUGUUUGGAGAGUACGCUCUUCUCAUGGCGGCACCACCGUUUGGCCUGGGAUUGAAGGAGGCUCAGGUCACGAGAAUUGCUGAAAUGAGUUUGCGGUCGAGGUUUGGGCAUUAG